AUGUUGGGAUACAUCAAUGACAACUUUUUACAUGCUCCAUCGACCGAUCUCAGUAGAGAGGUGGUCAAAUUCCUGGUCGGCAUCAUGAUGGCCCAGGCAAAUGAGUGCUUCUACGAGACUUGUAUCGAUCAGAGAAAGGCAGUUGGAUUGGUCAGCAAAGUAGCCGCCAAUGCCGCCUACCUGUACGCGGGUUUAUGUGAAGAGGUGAAAGAGUUUAUGGGCAAGGGUAUUUUCGAUCGUAACUGGGUGACUGUGUUACAAUACCAACGAUCCCUUGCAGACUCUGCAGCAGGCAAACAUGGUGAAGCCUUGUCCCGAAUGGGAGUAGCAGAAUCCAACGCCAAGGAGGCUUAUCGCCUAGCCUCCUCCUUUUCUCCCUACUUUGUCUCGACGUCAUCAACGACUCUUCCUGCGGACAGUGGUACGGCUAUCCUAGAGCUUACCAAGAACCAUCUCGCU